AUGGAGGCGGGGUUGGGAGUAGAGGAAGUGCGACAGGGGUCCGGCCCAGCUCUGCAGUCUUUAAAGGGCGAAAAAGGUUUUCCAGGUGAUCCAGGUCUCCCAGGGCCACAGGGUCGUCCAGGAUCAAAUGGUCAAGCUGGACCCAUUGGACCAAAGGGUAACGCUGGGCCUCCUGGAGCUGUAGGGCCUAAAGGUGAUCAGGGAUUUCCAGGAAAAGAAGGAUUUGCUGGGUCUCAUGGUUUACCGGGUAUCCCAGGUUUACAGGGGCCUCCAGGUCCCCCAGGGGCCCACGGCUGCAAUGGAACAGAUGGGGAAAAUGGGUCUCCCGGUAGGCCUGGGAACAGUGGGACUGAUGGACCACCAGGCCCACCAGGUCUGCGUGGACCUAAGGGUGAAUCAAGGAUAUCAGUGAAUGCAUCACCAGGUCCACCGGGGCUGCCUGGGAGGGACGGAGAGACGGGAUAUGAGGGUCCCCCUGGAGACCCUGGAUUGCAAGGGAAUCCUGGAUCACAUGGACAACCUGGGUUUCCUGGCCAAGCAGGUCCUCCAGGUUCUAAGGGGCAAGAAGGCAUAGGUGGUAUUCAAGGUCCUCGUGGGAUGAAGGGAAGAAGGGGACCACGAGGUCUGCCUGGUCCACCAGGUCGCACUAACCUCUACGUCUCUGGAGGCUACGAGUUACUUUUCAAGGGUUUAAAGGGGGAUGUAGGAGAUGUAGGAGAAAAAGGCUGUCAAGGUGAACCAGGAGACCCUGGCUAUGGUCAGUAUGAUAAAGGAGCAAAAGGCGCUAAAGGACAGGAGGGUCCAGAAGGAAAACAAGGAAAGGAUGGUGACCCUGGGUAUGCUGGAAUAACGGGGAGGCCAGGCCGAAAGGGUGAAAUGGGAUAUCCAGGAGCCCCAGGAGGAUAUGGUGAAAAGGGAAAUAGGGGUCUCCCUGGUCCACCUGGAGAUACAUUUUGGAUUAUUGAUCCACCUAAAGGAUUCAUUGGAGAUCCUGGUCCACCAGGUGCACCUGGGCUCCCUGGGCCACAAGGUAUUCCUGGGUUUGAAGGACCAGAUGGUCCACCAGGACAAAUUUCUGGGGGUUAUGUGCCAGGACCACCUGGCCCACAAGGUUUUCCAGGUCCUAAAGGGGAUAAAGGUGAGCCAGGGGAUGUGUAUAUUGGAAGAGCAGGUCUAGAGGGAGACCCUGGUGAUCAGGGCCCUCCUGGAGAUCAGGGCCCACCUGGACCACCUGAGGACAGAAGUAACAGGAUUGUCAAGGGCCUACCAGGAAUGAAGGGAAUGAAGGGUGUCCCUGGACCGACAGGAUAUCCCGGACGGUUUGGAAUGAAAGGAGAAAAGGGUGAGCCUUGUUAUGACUGUGAAGGACGACAAGGACCACCAGGUCCUCCUGGUCCCCCUGGCAUCCCAGGACAAAACCAGGGUCGAGGUCCCAAAGGUGACCCAGGUUUCCCAGGACCUAGGGGUGCACCUGGAAGAGAAGGUCCUCCCGGUCAGACAGGAUACCAAGGCCCACCAGGACAAAAGGGAGAAUCCUACUCCCACAGAACCCCUGGGAUAAAAGGAGAAAAGGGAGACCCAGGAUAUCCUGGAAGGCUUGGGGGAGAUGGCCGUCCUGGGUCUCCUGGGCAGCCAGGUCGCAAAGGUGGGAGGGGCCCACCAGGCGAUUCGUAUGUCUAUCCUGGUGUGGAGGGAGACCGUGGUACUCCAGGUCCACCGGGGCCUUCAGGCACACCAGGUCCAGAAGGCCUCCCUGGCCUACCAGGAUAUGGGCCUCCUGGAUAUCCAGGAAGUAAAGGAGAUGUUGGUGUCCCUGGCCUGCCUGGAAACCCUGGGAUUCCAGGCCAGAAAGGAGAACCAGGCUAUGGUCACUUCAAAGGAAUUCCUGGACCACCUGGAUUUAAAGGGCAACCUGGUUCACCUGGAGACCCAGGUAAUCCAGGGGUUCCGGGUGUCCCAGGACAACAUGGUUUACCAGGACCGAAAGGAGAAAGAGGUGAUGUGUCACAGCCUGGGAGACCUGGGUUUCCAGGACCGAAAGGAAAUAAGGGGCAGCCAGGUCUCCCAGGUCCCCCAGGAAGGGCCCCCCCUGGUAGGCCAGGUCCACCAGGCACAACUGGUUUUCCAGGACAGAAGGGUGAUGGUGGUCCUGGGUACACCGGCCCCCGUGGGUCUCCAGGGUAUCCAGGACCAGAUGGAGAUCAGGGGCCUAGAGGAGAUCCAGGGAUACAUGGUCCUCCUGGGGGUACAGGACCAGCAGGCCUUCCUGGUAGUCCAGGAUACAAAGGAAGUAAAGGUUCUGUAGGUUCACCUGGACCACCUGGAGACUCAUGUAGGGAUUUUAAGGGAUCAGAGGGACCAGAAGGACCUAUAGGUGACCCAGGACCAUCAGGAAGUAAUGGCUAUCCUGGUGAUAAAGGUAACCCUGGUUUGCCUGGACCUGGUCUUCCUGGAGCUCGUGGUGUGACUGGUUUCCCUGGGCCAUCUGUGCCAGGUCCUGAUGGGCUGCCUGGACCAAGAGGGAUCAAGGGAGCAAACGGCGUGCCUGGUCCACCAGGUCUGAGAGGAGACCCUGGGCCAGAUGGAGAAUAUGGCUAUGGGCCACAAGGAUUGCCUGGACCCACUGGACCACCAGGCCAAAGAGGUGACCCUGGCUGGGGUGGAGGGAAAGGUUCACGUGGCCCACCAGGCUUGAUUGGAGAAAGAGGUCCCCAUGGUCCUCCAGGCCUUACACCAGAACCAAUAACCUUACUUGGUCCACCAGGAGACCCUGGAGCCCCGGGUUACCCUGGUCUUGGUGGUCGCUGGGGAGAUGGUGGACGUACUGGACCAAAAGGGCCCAAUGGUAUAGCAGGACAACCAGGAAACCAAGGACAAAGAGGUCCACCAGGUGAACCAGGUAUUAGUGGUCCAACAAUAAUAGGAAGUCCAGGGUCUCCUGGAUUUCCAGGAGACCCAGGAUUCAGAGGACACCCUGGCCCAAAAGGAGAAAAAGGACUUCAAGGAAACCCUGGAGGGCAGGGUGCAGAUGGUGUAACAGGUCCAAGUGGUUAUAAGGGUUCUAAAGGAGAUGCAAACUACCAUGGAUAUGGACAACCUGGUCCAAGAGGACAAAAGGGUCAGAAAGGUGACCCUGGAUAUGGUGGACCUGAAGGGUCACCAGGAUACCGUGGAGAUAAAGGGAACAUAGGACCUCCUGGACAAAAUGGUUCACCAGGUUAUCAAGGGCCAAAAGGUGUAGAUGGCCCUCGAGGAGGCAAAGGACUAAGAGGACCUAUUGGACCACCAGGUAGCCAAGGUCCUUCCGGUGGUGUGGGUUAUCCAGGUCCAAAAGGUGACCAAGGGCGGGAUGGGAUUCCUGGACCCCCCGGGCAGAAAGGAGAGACCCCAAUAAUAUUCGGGAGACCUGGUCCACGUGGAGAUACAGGUCCACCAGGCCCUCCUGGGAAUCCUGGUGGUCCUGGCUUACCUACUGUAGGCGGUGCUGGACCAAUAGGAGACACAGGAUAUGCAGGUCCACGUGGGGCCCCCGGUCCUGCAGGACCUCCAGGAAGAGAUGGGACAUGUAUUCCAGGAGUGAAAGGAGACCGUGGCCAUCCUGGUAAUCCUGGAAGCCCAGGCUAUCCAGGUGUGCCUGGUCCUCCAGGUCCCCCUGCACAAGGGCUCAAAGGAGACUUAGGGAACCCAGGUCCCACAGGACAGCCAGGCUAUCCUGGACCUCCAGGAGACACAGGCCCACCAGGACCACCUGGUCCUGGAGGCAGACCUGGAAAUCCUGGACCAAGAGGUGAUCGGGGUCUGCCAGGAUUUCCAGGGCCCUCUGGUGUCCAAGGAAACCCUGGAUCCACCCCAGGCUUACCUGGUCCACCGGGGAAAAAAGGUUUACCUGGACCACCAGGUCUAAAAGGUCCACCAGGGUAUGGCAGGAUGUUAUCUGAACCAGGAUAUCCUGGCUUUCCUGGUCCCCCAGGCAAUCGAGGAGGCCCAGGGAUCACUGGACCACCAGGAACACCAGGACCUCAAGGACAGCCAGGUGUCAAAGGAACGCGUGGUCGCACUCGAUCGGGACUACCUGGCUUUCCUGGCCAGAAAGGAAACAAAGGAGCACCAGGACACCCAGGUGCACCGGGCCCACCUGGAAGCCCAGGGCGCAAGGGUGCUCGAGGGUUACCAGGCAGAGGUGGUCAAGGAUAUUUUGACGGUUUCUUAAUAGCUCGACACAGUCAGAGCACUGUUGUCCCCGGCUGUCCACCAGGCACCAACCUCAUCUACACCGGUUAUUCAUUCCUGUUCAUUAAUGGAAAUGAGAGAGCUCAUGGACAGGAUCUUGGCACCAUGGGAAGCUGUCUCCCUCGUUUCUCCACCAUGCCUUUCCUGUUCUGUGACACAGAAAAUAACUGCCGCUAUGCUUCCCGUAAUGACUACUCUUACUGGCUGUCCACUGGCACGCCUAUGCCUCCCAACAUGAUCGCCAUCACAGGGGAUAAGCUGGUCUCCUACAUUAGCAGAUGUGCAGUGUGUGAAACUACCUCCAAUGUCAUAGCAGUCCAUAGUCAGACAACUCUGAUACCAGAGUGUCCCCGAGGCUGGGAGUCCCUGUGGACUGGAUACUCAUUCAUCAUGCAAACGGGUGUUGGUGCUGAAGGCUCCUCCCAGCCCCUGGUAUCUCCUGGCUCGUGUCUGGAAAGUUUCCGCCAAGUGCCCUUCAUUGAGUGUCACGGCAGGGGAACAUGUAACUACUACCCUGAUUCCUAUAGUUAUUGGCUGGCCUCCCUUGACCCCCGCAACAUGUUCAGUGUACCAGUUUCUCAGACGGUGAAGGGACCUUCUCUACAAAGUGUCAUUAGCCGUUGUCGGGUCUGCAGGAAACCAUGGCAACCAGGCAGCGAUGAUAGAAUUGAGAUCGCUUAG